AUGACUCCGAGGUUUGGGGCCUCCAGCUGGGAGGAUGAAGUUGCUUUUGGCAGAGAAGGGGAGACCUGGGGGCGGCGGAGAGCGGUGGUACGUCCUUCUCUUCAUUACACCUGUAUCACUCAUCUGGCCCUAAUCACACAACCCCUUGCACAGGACUGCAUUUUUCUUGUGGGCUGUUGCAUUUCCUCACUCCUACCAGUGAAAUCAAGUGUUGGGCAGGCUUGGGGGUCAUCUGUUACGUCUCCCCCCUUCCCUGAGCAAGCUAGGUUUGGGGAUGUCAGGCAGAGGAGAGAGACUGAGGAGCAGCACGGGGCCCUGACCCACUUUCUCUCAACCACAGGGGAAGAGGCUGCUGGGAGUGACAGGCUCAUCCAUGAGCGGGACCUGGCCUGGCUGCAGCAGGCAGAUGUGGUUGUGGCAGAAGUGACCCAGCCAUCUUUGGGUGUUGGCUACGAGCUGGGCCGGGCUGUGGCCCUCAGUAAACGAAUCCUGUGCCUGUUCCGCCCACAGUCUGGCCGAGAACUUUCAGCCAUGAUCCGGGGAGCAGCCGAUGGCUGGCGGUUCCAGGUGUGGGACUACGAGGAGGCAGAGCUGGAGGCCCUGCUGGACCGGUACUUUGAGGCGGAUUCUCCCGAGCAGGUGCCCUGAGCCGACUGCUUGACUUAAGCCCAGUUUACUACAUUCUUCUGAGCCCACGCUCUGCUCUAGUACCAUUCCUACUUCUUAGCCCCUGAACCAAAUUAAAAGGUGGGUUGAUGAUU